CAGUAUGUGCAAUUUGACUAAGUCGAUGGCCUACAACUUACACCUGUACAACGAGUUCGCUAAGGUGUUCAAGCAGGAAUUCUUAGACUUUGACUACAACCUCAACAAGAGCAUCUCAGCCGCCGCCAACGCCUGUGUGACACGAGAGAUCAACACGUGCAUCCCUGUCUGCGUGGAACUGAACUACGCCGAUGCCAGCGAGGCGAGUGCAAUGCGUCCAGAGAUGCUAAGUGAAGCGUAUAAAGAAUUUCAGCUGGACGAAAACAAGGCGAAGAUCUCAGUGGUGACCAUCUUUUUCCCCACCAUGAAUUACGCGUCUAUCAGGGAGUGGAGGGAGGAUCUGCUGGAUCUUCUAAGCAACACUGGGAGCUACAUGGGUUUGUUUUUGGGAUGCAGCCUCAUCACUCUGACGGAAUUAAGCAUCGCCACUAUUCGCUCCUUGAUGUGGGUCUGGUAUCGUCUCCAUGGCUGGCUCUGUUCCUACCAAAAGCAACCUAAGUCCACGACGCACAAGAUCAAGGUCUCCAUCAGGCCCGUCUCCCGACAUUGAGUCAAGGUGUUCAAGUGGCGUGGUGGUGAAUGGGAAAUGGUGGUAUGGUAGGGGGUUGUGUGAUUCAAUUCGUGAUUUUGUGUUGGUUUUUGUAGUCUUUCUUUCUGUUCGUGGUUUUGUGUUUUCGUUCGUGAUUUUUUUGUGACUUUUUUCUUCGUGGUUCUGUGUUGCUGUUCGUGUUAGUACGUGAGUUUUUAUUUUCGUUUACUGUAUUUUUAUGUUAUUUCUUCGUGAUUUGAUAUUGGUAUCUUAGUUUUUGUAUUGCUGUCUGUAGUUUGUCGUGGUUUUGUGUUACUGUUGUUUUUUCAGUGUGUGUUACAGUGACGGGUGGUGGUGACAUGUAGGCGGGAAGGGAGGGAUGGGGAAAGGAUUAUGUUUUCACCCUCACGUACUGUUGCAUAAAAGCAGAAGGGGGACGUUAACAGCUGGCAGUGUUCCUUUCAGACCUUUAGCGGUGGUUUUAGAGAGAAAAUCCAAAGCAUGGUAUGUCCCGCGACCACCACUUUGUACGGUAGAUGAUUUGUUCAACGUAUUUUUAGAUCGAAAAAAAAACAUUUAAAUAUUGGUGUAUAUUUUUAGAGAGCAAUGUUUGAAUAUAGAAUAAGUGGUUUUGAGUCAUUAGAUGUUCUUCGUUUGUGAAAAUUUUAUUGCAGAAUUCAUUAUUUUAUAAUGAUCUUUGUUACACAUUUCUGUUAUUCUUUCUGUUUUUGUAUGAAGAAUAAUUGCAUUCGACACGUUUCUUUUUCUUUGAAGCACGGUUUACGAGUAAUGUGAUGAAAUAAAUGUUUUAAUAAAUGUUGACAGUGC